AGAGAUAGAGGGGAGAGAGCGCGCGCGGGGGUGUGUGGUGGCGCAUCCUACCCCUACGAAUAUCACGGACAUUCGCGGUGGUUCGCGGGCGCGAUCGCUGCUGAGAGUCAGUCGUGUCAGUGCGCGCGCGGAAGAGAGAGAGAGUAGUGGUGAGACGGUUUUGCGAACGUUAGCAGUCGAAGCAUGGCGGCCCUCAAGCGUAUCACCAGCCUGACCCGGGCGCUCACGACGAUGACGUCCGCUUCGCGGUCGUGCCUCCAGCAUGCCGCGAGGAAGACGUACUUCACAUACGUGAACGAGCCGUCCAUGCCGAUCCCGGACAGAGAGCCCUGCUGGCUGAAGACCGCCGACGAGGCCAUCGAGCAGGCCGAGCUCGACUCAGACCAGGAAGUGUACGUUCAAGGCGCCGCGGCGACACCCGUUGAAUUGUUAAGAGCGAUGACCGACUACGGGGUACGCUGCGACGUGAGAAACGUUCGUUUGUAUCACAUGCAUCUCGAGGGGGCCGCUCCGUUCGCCAAGCCAGAACACGCAAAACACUUCCGGUCUAUCAGCUUGUUCAUCGGCGGCAACGUGCGACCUGCGGUGAACGCCGGUACCGCCGACUGCAUUCCCAUUUUCCUGCACGAGAUCCCGCGUCUGUUCAACCAGGGUUACAUCAAGCCUGACCUCUCUCUCAUCCACGUGUCGCCGCCGGACGACAAGGGUUACUGCUCGCUCGGCACCAGCGUGGACAGCGUUCGGUCCGCCGUGAGUCAUUCCAAACGUAUCGUAGCCUUAGUCAAUAAGCACAUGCCUAGGACGUUCGGCGACGCCAUCAUACACGUCAGCCACUUGGACUUCGCCGUGGAGCACCAUCAACCGCUGCCAGUCCACCCCGUGAAGGCGCCCUCCAAGGCCGAGCAGAUGAUCGGCAAGCACAUCGCCGAGAAUCUAGUGGCGGACGGCGCCACGUUGCAGUUGGGCAUCGGCAGCAUACCCGACGCAGUGCUCUCGUUGUUGGGUAACCACAAGGAUCUCGGGAUCCACAGCGAGAUGUUCAGCGACGGUGUGGUCGACCUUGUGAACAAGGGUUGCAUCACGAACAACCAGAAAAAGAUGCACAAGGGCAGGAUCGUCGGCUCCUUUUGCGUCGGCUCGGAGAAGCUUUAUGACUUCAUGCACAACAACCCCUUCAUAGGUGGGUCGACCUCGACCUCGCAUUGCCAAUGUCCUCUUUCUUCCUUCCGUCAACACAUUACCUCGUUACUGAAACAAUCAUUUGUCUUUUUAUCGUCCUUGAGAUCUCAACAGUCGAUUUCUUCUGCUGCAGAGAUGCUAGUGGUGGAUUAUGUCAAUGACCCCAGAAUAGUCGCCAAGCAACCAAAGAUGACGGCUAUCAACUCGUGUAUCGAGGUGGACAUCACCGGUCAGAUCUGUUCGGACAGUAUCGGGACGAGGAUGUACUCCGGCUUCGGCGGCCAGCUGGACUUUAUCAUGGGUGCGGCGAUGAGCGAAGAUCAACUGGGAAAGCCGAUUAUAGCGCUCCAAUCGAUCACCGCUAAGGGCCACAGUAAGAUACAGCCGGUUCUGACGUUGGGCGCCGGAGUGGUCACCAACCGAGCGGUGGUGCGGUACGUCGUGACGGAGCAGGGUAUCGCCAGCCUGUUCGGCAAGAGUCUUCAGCAACGGGCGUAUGAGUUGAUCAAGGUGGCUCAUCCCGAUCACAGAGAAGCCUUGGAGAAAUCGGCCUUUGAACGUCUAAAAGUGAUGCCCGCGCCAUAGGUCAUAGAAGAUCGCGCGUGACGAAUGAAGAAACAUGAUAUUCGAUAGCAUUUCAUGAUCGACCGUGCGUACGUCCGCGCGCUUUGUCCGCAUUCAACGGGAGACGAAGUGUCUUCUCCUUGUACGAUAUUUGCGCUCUCUUGCCUGAAGACAAUUCGUCAACCUACUCGAAGAUCUAUCUAGAGUGAGAGGGAGGGAGAAAGAGAGAGAGAGAGAGAGAGAGAGAGAGAGAGAGAGAGAGAGAGAUUGAGAGAAAGCGAGAGAGAGAAUAAUGCGUACUAAGUCGUGAUUCUAACACGUUAAAUUUUAACACUAAUAUAAGAGCCAGUAACGUAGGCGGUAUCGCGUUCGUUACAUGUUAGACGCUGAACCACGCGUGUUUUAUAUAUACAUACAAAUAUAUCAUCAGGGCGACGUGUUCGCGCUCGUUGGAACACGGUUGAGACAAAUAAAAGUGACGCACAUGGCGUCGCAUUCCGACAUGUAAACAUUUUUUAUAUUAAAUCUGUCGAUGUUCCUUUGUAUAAUUUACCAAUGUUACCAUUACAUCAUAAUGAGGAAAACGAAGUACCAUUACGCAAACGAGAAAUAUAGUGAGAUCGCUGA